AGCUCUACCCGUGAACACACUAACACCGGCGCGCGACAAGAUUUUGACUUUAACAACUCAUUUUGGUUUUGAUGAAACCUAAUUUGUUUCAUUUGAGUUGGGUUUCAUGUUUGCAGAAGAAUUUUUUGUUGAAAGUUCACAUCUUUCAAAAGUUCAAGUAAAAUCUAUCACCAGGUGUGCACUCUUUCUCUUUCACAUUGCUCACACAAACCAUUGAAUCAAUCUCCAACCACAAUUUCACAGAACCCCAAUGGCCCACUUUUUAAAAAUUCGAUUUUUUUCGAGUUCACAUACGCUCAAAAUGGUUCCUUUUUCAACUCAACAAAUGGGUUUUGCUUCAAUUGCUGAUACCCUUUAUACCCAUUUGCAUGAAAACAAUGGAAUCAACAUUGAGAAUUCAUUGUCUAAGAAAAAGCCCAAAUUGGACUCUCAAUGUGUUAUUCAAGUUCUUAGUAAGUGUUGUCCUAAACAAUCUCAAUUGGGUGUUAGGUUUUUCAUAUGGGCUGGAUUUCAAUCUGGGUAUAGGCAUAGUGGUUUCGUGUAUAAGAAAGCUUGUAACUUGCUUGGGAUUGAUAAGAAUCCUGAGGUUAUUUGUAAUUUGAUUAAGUCUUAUGAGUCUGAAGGGUGUGUCGUUAACGUUAACAUGUUUAGGGAGGUUUUGAAGUUGUGUAAAGAGGCUCAACUUGCUGAUUUGGGUUUGUGGGUGUUGAGGAAAAUGGUGGAUUUUAACUUGCAACCGGAUACCGUUAUGUAUAAUAUAGUUAUAAGAUUAUUUAGUCAGAAGGGUGAUGUUGAAAUGGCUGAGAAGUUGAUGAGGGAGAUGAGUUUGAAUGAUAUUUGUCCUGAUUUGAUUACAUAUAUGACUAUGAUUGAGGGGUUUUGUAAUGCGGGUCGAUUGGAGGAUGCUUAUAACAUGCUCAAGGUUAUGAGAGUUCACGGUUGUUCACCGAAUUUGGUUGUUUUAUCGGCUAUUUUGGAUGGGUUUUGUAGGUGUGGAUCAAUGGAAAAGGCAUUGGAAUUGUUGGAUGAAAUGGAGAAAGGCGGUGAUUGUUGUCCUAAUGUUGUUACUUAUACGUCUUUGAUUCAAGGUUUCUGUAAGAGAGGUAAGUGGACGGAAGCAUUGGGUAUUCUUGAUAGAAUGAGAGCUUUUGGGUGUUUUGCUAAUCACGUUACUGUUUUUACUUUGAUUGAGAGCCUUUGUAUUGAAGGUCGUGUAGAAGAAGCUUACAAGUUGGUUGAUAAAUUUGUGGUGGAGCAUGGUGUCUCCCGCGGUGAUUCUUACAGUUCACUAGUGAUUUCUUUGAUAAGGAUUAAGAAACUUGAGGAAGCAGAGAAACUCUUCAAGGAAAUGCUUGAUGGUGAAAUCAAACCCGAUACUUUGGCGUCUAGCCUUUUGCUAAAGGAGUUUUGUUUGAAGGAUAGGGUACUUGAUGGAUUCUACUUGCUUGAUGCAAUUGAGAAUAAAGGAUUCUUGUCUUCCAUUGACUCUGAUAUUUAUUCUAUUCUUUUAGUUGGCCUUUGUCGAGAAAACCACUUGAUGGAAGCCACAAAGCUUGCCACAAUAAUGCUCAAGAAAGGAGUUUCUCUUCGGCCUCCAUACCGAGAUAGUGCAAUUGAUGUCCUAAAUAAAUAUGGAGAAAAAGGUAUCGUGAACCAGUUGACUGGUAUACAUCAGGAACUUUGAUGAUAGUGUUAUGAAAGAGGUCGCAUUCGUUCUUUAUCAGCUACAUCUGUUCAUUAAGUUUACUUUGUGUAACCUCGGUUUAUUUCAUCAUUAGUAGUUUUGUUUUGCUUCUUGAGAACAGUGUGCUUGCACUUGUCUCUUUUGCUAAGUCUUUUCAUAGCUGUAAAAACAUUAGAUUUGGGUUAAUUAUGAUAACUUCUAGACAUUUAUACAAAUUGAUGAAAUCUUUGUAGCAGUAUA